AUGGUAUACAUUUCAUUAUUACUAUAUUAUGUGGUUUAUAUUUCAGUUAUCAUCUUUAAUAUAGGUAAUAUACUGCUUAAAAUACAAAAUAUAGCCAAUAGCUUACCUGUACAGAAAUCUAGAAACCAUGAAGAUAUAUCGCCAAAAUCUUUGAAUUGGACAAAUAACUACUCUGGAUCCCACUUUUCACCUGUAAUUAGCCAAAAUUAUUCAUCAUAUUACCCCUUUGAUAUAAUUAAUAAUCAAACCUCUGAAACUGCUAUACAAGAACUAAAUCUUGAAGUACAAUGCAAUAGAUUAUGGUUAUUACAAGCUUUAAUUCAACAAAGCUUAUUAUCUAUAGGAAACUUUAAAAUAAAUAUACCCAUUUUAAGGCAUGAAAGCAAUGUAUCCCUACAAAAUGACUGGUCACAAAUAUUUAGAACUUCUUUAGACGCAUUUUCAAGGCAUAGAAAUAAGUUAAAUGAAACGCUGCAUCACUUUGAUAGUGUAAUAUUAGCUGGAAAACAUUAUGGAUAUUUGACUAAUAGUCACAAUAAAGAAUAUUUCGUUUUAUUGAUACCUUAUAAAUCACCGGUAUUUAGUCAAAUACAACAAUUUACUGAAGUCUAUAAAGGCCUAACAGAAUAUAUAUCCCAUACGAAGUACUGUAGUUCUUAUAGCCCAAAUAUUACAAAAGGUUUUGUAGAUAGUUUAAAUGCUCUAUAUAUGUUUAGUAUACUUACGGGAAAAUCGUCAAUAGGUAUAAAUUCUCAAUAUUUAGAAAGGUUUUCAAAGGAAUCUUCAAUACUUCACUCUAUUGAAAAAAAAGUUCCACUUUCAAAGCUUUUGAUAAGUUUCCAAAAUCACUGUAGAAAUGGAAUGGAUACCCCUUCUAAAAAUAAUAAUACAUUUAAGAAGUGGUCAGAGAAUAAACUAAGAAAAGUAACGGCAAGUAUCACUCAAAUUGAAAAUCUCGCAAAGCAGUAUAGAAAGAAAGUAGAACUAUUUUUAAACUGCAUAAACUACUUCGAGAAUGUAAAUGAUAUCUUGUCACUAGCAGAAAAUACUUUUGAAUCGAUUGGGGUUGAAAUACAAAAGCAUAUUGCAAAUAGAAAAGAGAUAUUAUCUUUGUUUAUUGCUAAAUAUAAUGCAACUGUUAUAGAGUCAAGCAUUACAAAUAAUCGUUCAUACUCUUUAUGGCUGCAAAUACAGCAGCUACUAUUAACUAUUAGAGUGGCAAUUAGCGGAAUUCUUAUGAAUAAGAAUAAAAGAAGUUUUAAAAAACUUGGUAAUAACUUGAGCUAUUCUUUAUCUGUCUCUGCAAAUUGCUCACAUGUACUAAGGUAUACAGCCACAAAUUGGAAUUUAAUAUUUUCAAUAAAAAAUAGGGAUAUUAUUGAAAGAAUUAAAAAUUAUAUACUGGUAAAUUUGAAUAAUUUAACUUAUACUGGAGAUCAAUCUUAUCAAACUGAAUGGCAUUGGACCAUUCAGAAUGAAUACAUCAUUAAAACAUAUGCGAACUCAUUCAACAAUAUGUGGAAAAGGGAAAUUCAUGACCCACUGGUAGAAUGUGCGAAACCAUUAAAAAUGGUCUACAAGCAAAUUAAUUUGCAACAUACUAAGAACAAUGAAUCUAAUACAAUAGAAUCAUAUAAAAAUUAUAUAGGGACCCUUGUACCUUUUAUUAAACGAGUAAUUAAUCGUCAAAAACAAAAUUAUGAUCGUUUCAGCUCUUUAAAGUCAUUAUUUGUAUGGCCUCAUAUAAUAGUUUCUUUAGAGAGUGCAAUUUCUAUAUUUAAUAGAACCUGUAUUCUUGAGGAGGCAAUAUGUCAAAGUAAUCAGAAUUUUGUAAUAACACAAAAAUCUCGUUUAAUAUGGUUACAGAGACUUCAGUCAUUAUCAAAUACUUUAAAAGAAGUAUAUAAGCAUAUAUGUGAAAGAUCUUACUGGGAUCUAUUGUAUUCAUAUUCAAAUUUUGGAUAUUUUAAUUCAACUAAUAUUAGAAGUAUUGACAAGUCAAACUUCAAUUUAGAUCCAGAGAACAUUCUGAGAAAACCAAACUCAACCCCUGUACAAGUGGGUACUUGGAUUUUGAAAUCACUUGAAAUAUCUCAGCUAUACAAUUUACAGAAAAGUGACUUUUUGUCGAUAGUUGAACCUGGUCUUCAUUUUCGACUCCAAUUUUUGGAGAACUGGAUUUAUGUACUUGAGAUUAGCAUUAAACAUAUCAUAAACCCUAUUGCUUUACAAAUAAAUAGCUUUGCUGAAACUAUACUAUUUCAAUCACUUCAAUAUCAAACCCAAUUGGCUUCUAAGCCUAUAAAUAGCACUUUAAAUAAUAUGAAUAAUAUAUCUAGUUAUGUAGAACAAAUUAAUACAGUUCUGAAUUCUUUAUAUAGAGAAAGCAGCUGUAUAGAAGUACAAAACAAUACGAGUUCAAAGAAUAGUUAUUCAACAAGAUAUAGUGGUGAUUUUCCAUCUUUUUUGUCAAUUCAGAAUUACGUUGAGGAUUUGUUGAAAAGAGUAACUGAAUUAUCAACUGAAGUAAACAAUAAGCUCAACAAUUUAUCAUCUGAUAAUCAAUUAUAUAAUAGGAACUGUCGUUACUUACUGUAUUAUACCAGAAGUGCUAAAGAAGAAUUACUGAGUAAGUCACAAAUUUUAAAAAAAAUUUAUACAGAUUUAACUUUGCAGAGAGCUGAAAUGAUGAAAUUAUUUGCAAUUGUUGAGGAAUGUUUGAAGUAUAAUGAGGUAAAUAAACGUGCAGAAUGUUGGAUUACUAAUCAAUGGUUAGAACUGCCAUUAAAAAGAACUAUAGAGGUAAGAAAAAUAAUGACCCAAUACUUGCAAAGUAUAAUUGAUGGCAUACUCAAUAUAACGAAUUUUGUUGAAGAUUGUUUGUCAAGUAUUUUAAACCCUGUUAAUCAAAAUAGAAGACUUCUCAAAGUAAAUAAAAGUGAUUCUGAUCAGCAGGGUUACACUGGAUAUAUUACUUUAUUAAAUGUAUUAGUUAAGCCAGUUGAUAAUAUGCUAAAUUCACUAAAUGAAGAACUAUAUACUCUUGAAGUCAGGUACCCAAAUGAGUACAGAAAACAGAUAAAUGGGAUUUAUAAAGAUUUGGAAACUGUAUCAUUUGAAUUCCUAAAAUUAAAAUCUUUGAAAAGCACAAUAGUUCAUUAUUAUGGAAAACCUAACUGGUUCCAAAAGAUAUUUAAAUUUCCAAAAGUAAUUUUACGACGUGAAAAGGUUGCUGAACUUGACAGUUUGCUGUUAGGUUACAAUACUUCACUAAACAAUGAGUCACUAUAUGCACUGGAAGUAAUUGAUUAUACUAAAGAGAAUUUAAAUGGAACUAUAAUAAGUUGUAAUAAUAUUAAAAAGUACUAUGAUGCACUUUUAGGGGCAAAAAAUCGACUUCGAUGUAUUAUUGGAAAAAGUGGUCAAAAACUAGAUAAAUCGAAAAAAAUAAAUGAAACAUUGGGAAAUGGAACAAUGAUCAUAUCCAACUUUAAAAAAUUAAGUAUUUUAACAAAUUUACGUGGUUUGAAAAACUUAGAAAAUAAUAUUUCUUUACUACUUAAACAAAGCCAAAAAGUACUAAACCAAGUUAACAUUGAGCAUUAUAGAUUCUUCACUGUUCGAAAUGAAACAACUAACAUGAAAAAUAGAUUAUCUAAGAUUAUUGUAGAAAUAGUAAAUAGCCAAAAAUAUAUAGAGGAUUUGGAAAGGAAUCUUGCUAACUCAAAUUGUUUCAGACUCUGGAAAUGGAAGAGACGUACUAAAAGUAGACAGAAAAAAACCAAUAAAAAACAAGUUAAAGGGAAUUUAGAUAAAUUAAGGAAAUUGACAACUAUACACAAUAGUAAUAAAAAAUUAAGUAAUGGAAUUCCAGUAAAAACUAUUAAGUUGGACUUCAAAUCUAAGAUAAGUGAAUUAACAAGUCAGGCAAGUAAGGAUGUAUACAUUUCAUCGGAAACAAGUACUAUUGAUGUAGAUAGCUUUCAAUUUGAUGACUUGUAUAAAUUUGAUGAUUUACCAGAUUUAUAUAAUCCUAAGAAAAGUGGUAAUAUUGAGGAUAUAAGUUAUGAUACUGAUCUGGGUGGAAAAACAGACUAUGGAGAACAAAGAUACAUGUCCAAAUUUACUGAAAAGGUAAACAAAGCUAUUCAAAUGGGAAUUUCUAUAGGUAAUAUAAUUCGUGAUUUUCAUGCUAUUCGUAAAACUAUUUUCCAGAAUAAUACUGUAGGUGAAUCAAGUACGAUGUUUAUGGCAGGUCUGAAUAUCUUAAAUGCUCUUACAAGUGGAAAUAUAAAUGAGGGUAAAUCUCUUUUUAAUGAUGCACAAGAUACAGAUUUGGCAACACAAAUUUUUAAUGAGGCAGAUAUUUUUAAGGAAUUGAACACUGGUGAUAAUCCAUUACAAGUAGAUUUUAAUUUUAAUGAUAGUUACUCUAAUCAUGAAUUACCUUUAGAAGUCGAUGAACUAGAUCCUUCAUAUAAAGAAUUUAAAGAAAAAAUUAUAAAUCAACUCCAAAAUAAGGGAUAUGAUUUAGACUCUGAGCCUGAACAUGAGGAUUAUACAGAAUCACUUGACUUGGAUGAUAAAUACUUCUAG